AUGGCCUCCUCCUCCUCCUCCUCCACAGCCGCGCACCGCCGCCCCAAGGUGGUCGUCAUCAUGGGCGCCACCGGGUGCGGCAAGUCCCGCCUCUCCAUCGACCUCGCCUCCCACUUCCCUUCCGAGGUCAUCAACUCUGACAAGAUGCAACUCUACCGAGGCCUCGACAUCACCACCAACAAGAUCCCCCCGGCCGACCGCCGCGGCGUCCCCCACCGCCUCCUCGGCUCCUUCGACCCGAACGAUGGUGAGAUGACCCCGUUGCAGUUCAGCUUCCACGGCGACGCAGCCAUCUCCGGCGUCGCCUCCCGCGGGAAGCUUCCCCUCCUCGUCGGCGGUUCCAACUCCUUCAUCCACGCUCUCCUGGCGGAUCGGUUCGAUCCGGAGGCAGAAGCGAGUCCCGAGCUGAGGUAUGACUGUUGCAUUCUGUGGGUCCACGUGUCGCCGCCCGUCCUGAAGAAGGGCCUGCCGAAGCGCGUGGAUGGAAUGCUCCGCAUGGGCGCUUUCGAUGAGCUCGCCGGAUACUACCACCUGCGCCGGACCGACCCGGGGGCUCGGGCCGGGCUGAGGAAGGCCAUAGGCGUGCUUGAGUUCGACCGAUAUUUCGAGAAGUACCCGCCGCUGAGGGGGAACGCGUGGGGGUAGGAGGAUGCGAGGGAGCGGAACGAUCCGGUGCGGGAGAGUGCGUACCAGGAGGCGCUACGCGAGAUAAUGAAGAACGCGGACCAUCUGAUAAAAGGGCAGGUUGAGAAGAUCCGGGAGCUGAGCAAAAGCGGGUGGGUGCUGCAUAGGCUGGACGCGACGCAGGCGGUCCGGCUGGCAAUGGCGCCCGAGGAGGAGGGCGGCGGCGGCGGCAGGUCGCGGGAGGUUUGGGAGAGGGACGUCGUGGGGCGGAGCGUGGGCUUUGUGAAUCAGUUCUUGCGAGAGCAUUAG